AUGAGCUCACUCAAGUUUGAAAACUUGAAGGAUGAGUUUGAAGACUUGUUCAAUGAUAUCAGAUUCAAAAACCAAAUAACACCAAGGGACGUCACAAAAGUCGAAAAAGUACUCAGUGCACUUCAUCAAGAAGCCUCCGUCGCUCCAUAUCAGUACAGAACGGGUAUGCUUGCAGAUGUAGCAGACUACCGAAAUCAGUUCGAGAACUUGGACAAUUUGCCAAGCGAGGCUCGCAUGAGUCUUAGCAGAGUCGACGCUUCCCUGCAGAGAUCGACGGCGAUUGCGUUAGAGAGUGAGCGACUCGGGCAAGAAACGAUGGAAGAUUUGGCGAUCCAACGAGAGCGGCUUGAAGGCGCGCGCGAUCGACUUGAAGAAGCCAAUACUGAACUCACGUCAACUUCGCGUUUGAUACGCGGAAUCUGGAUGGGUCUAACAGGGAACAAGCUUUUUCUCAUCGGAAUCAUCAUCGGCGAGCUUUUAAUCAUCGGAAUGAUUGUCUACAUCAAGUGGUUCAGAAACUAA